GUCUGGGCUCUCCUCUCUCCCACUCUGCGGUUGCUGGUGGCUGUCAUCAUGCAGGUGGAAUCUGCGCAGUGUGAAUGAGCGUCGGGAUCUCCAGCGAGGCAGACAGUCACCUCCCCAGCUCUCAGCUGCAGAGAGCAGCCGCAGGACAAACUGUACUCAACCGCUGUAGGGGACCCACUCAACAAGCCACGGGACAUAAGCGGCAAAUAGCGCUAUUAUGCCUUCACUUGAUCAUCACCAGUUUAUGCCGUGCAGCCUAUAGCGGACUGACAGUUUUGCGCAAGAUGACGAGAGAGUUAAAACACCAAUGAGGGAUUUUUUUUUUCUCGGCAUCAGUCACUUGGAAUAAACGCACACUUUUGUGUUGACACUGUGAAAGUGUUUUUCUCCCUUGGCGCAGUCCAACUCAGUAUGAGACGCAUAGGAUGCUAUACAAUCCUGAAGGAAGUGACUCUUGCAGCUUGACGGGCAACAGUCUCAAAGAAACCAGACGGACGUAAUCGUUAUUUAUUUUUUUAUAUAUUUUUUAUAUAUAUAUUUUUGUCGGUUUGAAGUCACUGGCACGAUGGAUGAAGGCACUGCCAGCGAGUCCAUUCCAGAUCUGAAAGACAUUGAGAUGAAGAUUGGCCGGAAGACGCCCGAGGGUUUGCUCAGGUGGAUGCGGGAAGAAGCGUCCUCUGCGCGGGGAGGGGACGCCAAGCUGGCCACCGCGCACGACCCCAGCAAGGAGACAGGGAGGAAGAGUUUAGAUGAAAAGAUCAGGAAAUUGAAGAUGGAGAUGGUUCACUUGCGAUCGGUGGACGUGAAGAUCCUGCAACAGCUGCUGGCGGUCCAUGAGGGCAUUGAGGCGGUGAAAUGGCUUCUGGAGGAGAGAAGCACGCUGACCAGCCACUGCAGCAGCCUCACCAGCAGCCAAUACAGCCUGGGCGAGGGACCCGACACCUCUUGGAGAGGCUCCUGGAGCAGCCUGCAGGACCCCAACGACAAGCUGGACAACAUCUCCAUUGGUAGCUACCUGGACACCUUGGCGGACGACAUGGACGAGUACUGCCCCUCCAGCUCGGAGUCUGUCAUUUGCACCGCCACGCCACUGGCCUCAGAAGCUACAGCUGGGGGUCGGACCACCGCAGGAGGUUCCGUUGCAACAGCUAUGGUGCUUGGGACAGGAGCAGGAGUAGGGUUUAGGUCUAGUACUGGGCUUGGGAUUGGGAUUCGGGCUGGAGCAAAUGAGAAUGGAAAUGGGCCUGGAAAUGCGACAGAGGUGAAAGGUGCAACUGGGAACGGGGUCAGCAGCACUGUCACUGGGAAUGGGACCGGUGGGACUUUAACUGGGAAACCAGCAGUUCCUGUCAGCUCUCCCAAAACAAAGUCAGAGGGCCCCAAGCAAGAUGCUACUAUCUGGACCAAAGCUCCAGAGACAGAAAAGGGAAGCCCCAUUUUUAAAGACAAAACCCAGACGCACGUCGCUAGGGCUAAUAUCAUCCUCGAGAAACCAACCACACAAACAGGCAGUCCGACCCGUUCCAACCUCAAUGAGAAACUGGGAACCAGCCAGAGCCCCAAACUCAAACCUUACAAAAACGGAAAGAUUGACUUGGACACAUGCAAAAUGAACGGCAAACUGCACCUGGAGUACGAUGCCCACUGGCGCUGGGUGCAGUCGCAAGAAGAUGUGACAUUUUUGUAAGAAGGUUAAUAGAGAAGGGAUUAAAGACACUGCUGAAUGCUCCUUCCGCAACACCAACGACCACAUCACUGAACGUUACGAAGCCUGAACUGCGGCACAAAACAAGGCUCUCCUCGGUGAAAGACACUGUGUUUGAAAGACGAUAACAUGUUUGCUCUGUUGUUCCCUCGUGUGACUGCACUAACGUACUAUAAAAACAUUGAUGUCAGCAUAAGAUGGAUGCACACUACAGGAUUUUGACCAUAUUUAGCCAGACAGGGGUUGCCUCACACAAACGUAGAAUAAUACAUUUUAAAAUCCUGUGUCCUAGUUUUUCUCAGGGUAUUUUUUGGCUUUCCCUGGUCUUCUUUUAUUUUAUUAUGUCUUAUUUUUCCCUUAAAAGCACAGUGAGACAAUCUGCCAGAGAGCUGAAACACGACUUCAGAUUGUUUGACUUUCAAAACUUCCAAAAAAACGUAUUCCCACUUACAGUCUACGCUUCUAAACCCAAACAUGCUUUGGGACUCAGUUACUGUUAACAGUUACUUUAAACAUCCUAUUAAACAUUUCGUGGAUCCUCUGUGACAGUGAUUACCAAUCUCUAUUUAUGUUUUGACCCCCUCUCAUCACAGGUCACGUACCGUGGAACACUUCCUGUCUUCUUUGAUUUGAUGAGGUUGACAGGAAACAAAUCUUUACAAAUAACUACAAUAACAAAAAAAAGUACAAUAACCAAAAUAAUUAGAACCAAGAUGUUUGCAUAUUGGAUUUAGUUUUCAUGCACUCUCUUUGACUUUGGGCUCCGUUGUUUAUAUCGAGGUCAGGACGUUUAGGUUGGAAAUAACUUCCAGGAUCCACAACCAAUAGCUCAGACGAAGCCUACUGUACUAUAAUAAUAGAAAACCAAAUACCCCGUUAUGAGUGUCUCAUUAAAGUCAGAAAUAAAAUGUAUUGUAUAGACACAUAUUUAUGUCCAAUGGUUAUAGACGGCAUUACUUGAUAAAGCAUUAUCGAAAAAGUAUCUAAAGAAUGUUUCUCCCCAAAGACUCCCUUGAACAACAGUAGAUGAGAUGAAUGACACAGAAAAUAAGGCACUGAGGUUAGUACAAAAAAAAAGUUUCACUCAUUAAAAUAAUCAUUAGUGUGUUUGUGGAUCUAAUACCUUCAGUGCUUAACCAACCAUCUGCAAUAUUGUGUAUUUACUGAAUGACAAAACAGCUACUCUGUGCAUCAGGUACUAGUUGUGACUGGUUGUAGUCGAUUCCUAAGUAUGGCUGAAUAUUUUUCCUUCAGUCUGAACAGUUAUGAUAACCUGUGUUAGUUUUACUAUGAAGCAGAUGUCGUGCCUGAUCGGUGUAAACCUUAAUUACAUAUGCCUGUAUUUUUCCCAAUGAGAUGCACUGUUGUUCUGAUAAUCUUUUGUCAUUUUUUUAUUUCUUCCUGGCCUCUGCUUCGCGUGUACAAACGGCUAAACCAAACAGUCUGUGUGCUCUUUUGAGUGCUGACUGGUAAAUGUGUUGUGCUGGCCGGGUGGAUAUUGCAUGCCCUGCGCUGAAAGCUUUAUUGGGUGAUUUGUGAGAAAUGCGGGGAGGAAGGCCGUACACAAUCAGAGAAGAAAAGCAAUAUUUCUCUAAGCCUGCCUGCUGGGCUUACGUAAGCAGCCUCUUCUCAGCAAAUCUAAUAAUAAUGUCUGUUCUUCAAUAGCUGAUGACACUACUGACAAGAAAAUGCCGUGUGUGUUUGUUGUGUUGGCGCGAGUGUAACAGAGAGAGAGAGAGGCAGAUGCCGACUGCUUCCCUGAGCACAGCUGGGCUGUCAGGUUCAGAUAAGAAUAGAUGACUCCCAGAGGUUUUGAAACAUUUUUUGGCUCAUUCAUCACAGCGUUACUACACCUCCAUACCAGACCACAGUUAGUCAUGUCAGUGGCGCGGGGAUAGCACAACACAUCUGGUAAAGGGAGGGGAACGUAUUACAUAAUCUGUGCAUACUGCUACAAAAAAGGUAAAUAUGAGCUAAGCAACAUACCGGUUGUGAGUUUUGCCCACAGACUAUAUAAAGACGGAUAGUGGAACUACUAGUCUCUAGUCUCACUAAAAAGUGAGACUAGAGAAAGUAGAGCUCCCCCUAGUGUCUGGCUGCACUAUAGUUAACAAUUCAUAAGCCCCACCCCCUCCCUGUUAGCGGAUGGGCCUAAAUCUAAACACUAAAACACACGUUGAUGCAUGUUCAAGUGUCAGUUUUUAGUUAAAUUCGUUUUACUUAGAUAUUUGAGGCUAUAGAAACAGGAUGUGGCAUAAUGGUGACCACCAGUUGUCAUGCCAACCGCUGCGUAAAGCAGUACCGUGAGACCUGUAAAAAAUAUUUUUACCAGUCGUGUUAAUUAAAUGAAAACUUGAGUGAGUCUGGCGGAAGUGUGGUCUGGUCAUCGAUAUCGUGGUUCCACUCUUGGGCCCUGCUGAUCAGAAUCUGGCUCCAAAGGCGCAAGUCGGCUCCGCAUGUAUCCCCGGGAAAACAGCGUCGGUUUGGCCAAUGUGAGGAAGCUUGGACACGUCAUCCAUAUUUAUACAGUCUAUGGUUUUGACUAUGCUAUAAAAAUAAGGAAGCAUGUCAGUCAAAUGUAAUUCAUGCUGGGCCCAGGAUCCCAAAGGUCCUGUAAGAAAACUUUCUUUAAAAUUUGAAAUGACUCACCCAAUUGACAAUUUACUAAGCCCUUGUUACUGCUAUACUGCUAGCUGCAAGUUUUCUGUUUGCUUAACCUUUAAGAUUAAAAGGCUUUCAAGGUGAGCUAAUGACACAUCACUGAACUGAGAUGACGUAGCACAAACCUCCUCCCAACAGAGCUGAGCUUAUCUCUGAUGGCAUCUAGGACUGACUGCUGCACAGCGGGAACGCAUUAUACGGUGGAUGUUUGAGAUGUGAACAGGGCUUCUAAACACAAACUGUAGCUCAUGACUCUCAGAGGUGAAGCUAAAGUUGUACUUUUGGUUAAAUGCUGGUUAGCCAGACAUGCUCUGUUUUCCAAAUUGCCAAGUUAAUUAAAGAGUCCCUUGCCGCUGCAAUUAAUGUAGCUAUUAGUUGUUCUUACAUGUUGACUCCGAGUCAACACAGCCCGGCUUGUUUAAAUUCACUUUCUGCCACGUCUUUCUCUCUGUGCGGCUACACUCAGAUGUUAAAGUCAACAUCUCUGUGUGUUUGAGUCACUGAAGUGUUUCCUCUCUCCUCCUCCUGCCUUUAUUUUCACCCUUCUUUCCACCACCACCGGUUUGAUGGAAACCUUCGGUCCGUGCCAACACACACAUCAUGUGCGCACAAUGCCCUCUCACUGGAGACAGCACCAUAAAGCCCCGGCACCACAGAAACAGCAACCGUACGCCAGUCCUGGAGACAAGGGAGGAAAACUGUGCUAAAACUCGACCUUGAACUUUCGGACAAGCAGGGGGCAUCUCCAUCCACCGUCUUUUCUCCUUCUGACUACAAGUAGUCGAGCAUCUAUCCAUCUCUUUACAGUUACCUCAGCCGUGGUAAAUAUAUAUUCCGACCACAGCAUAGACAUGAUGUCAUUUGAAACCUCCGUCCCCUUUUUAACAUAUGUGUUGGCCGUAAAGCGAUAAUACAUGCCGAAAAAAGAAAAAAAAAUCAACCCUGCUUUGGGGGUUUCUUUCCAAAUUAGCUGAGACAUAUGGGGAAAAAAUACAUCUCAGUGAGGGAAACAAACCUGUAAAACACAUUACAUGAGCUUUUAGCGCGUCUUUCUGAAGAUAUACUGCAGCCUGUAAUGGUUUAAUGUAUUUUCGCUGGGGACGUCCAGUCUAAAACUGGAAUAUGAGAGCUGCUCUAAAUGACUCACUGGCAGAGAUUUAAGGAGUGCUGACAGUCUAGGUGCCAGGAGGAGCUGCUUGUGGUCUGAUUGUUUUAGAAAGAGGGAUAAUAAUAAUGGCUUGCUGUGUGGGCAAGAGUGGAAAUGUCCCUAAAUGGUUGUGGAAAAUACCCCUUUUUUUUUUUUUUCUUCAUUCGAAGCGGAAAAGAAAUAACUUGUCACCAAACAUUUUGUUUUUUUUAGAGGCUACGUUAGUAAACUUGGCCCUCUUAAAAUCCUUCCGCUCGAUCCCCUCCAAGAUUUAUCAGAUGCCCGGUGCGUGAUGUGUUUGCAUUGGCUUCAGGUGCCUGCACCCUCCGGCUAUUCUGGGCACAAGACAAACAGCGUGAUUACAUAGACCAAUGCGGUUGCCAUGGCAGCGGGACCGAGCAGGCUCCAGCUCCGAUGGCUACGUAGAACAAUGUUUAGUGGCAGGUGAAGGAAAACGAGAGAGCUAAUGGCUUAAAAUAAGGUCAGCUGUAAUUUGUGGUGAAAGCCCGAAACGUUGUCAUAAUAAGGCCAAACACUAGAUGUAACACUUUUCUUUUACCAAGGCUUUAGAGAUUUGUUAUCAUCAAAUAGUGAUAACAAAAUGUGAGUGCUCAAACCUCGAGAUGAGACUUUGCAUAAGUCCAGUUUAUUGUAAAACACAGGCUAAAUCAAUUAUGCGUGGUGUGACUUAUUAUGACUAAACACUCAGUUCAUGUUUACUAAGUUUUACAAGUCAUGCUAAACCUGAUCAUCUAUCGCUAUCGAGUUUAAAACAUUAAAACCACUGACGGGAGGUGCAAUGUGACAACACAGUGUUCUGAUGGUAAACAUUUGGACCUAGCAAUUGUGUGGAUGUUACUUAGACAGACAUGUACCUCCCAACUAAACCUCACCAGGCAAACCCACCCCAUAGCAGUGACACUCUUUGAUGCACAAGGACACACACAGACAAACCACUUUAGGGACAACUCAAAAAAAAAAAACAUGAAGAACAGCACAAAGUGUGGGAUCUAGUGAAUUUGGAGGCCAGGUCGAUUACCUGUGGGAUGAUCCUCAGAGGUCCCUCCCCUCAACCCAUAGGAUCCAAAGGCCCCCCCACUAACAACAUUUUGUUGCCAGACGCUAUAGAACAUCCGUAUUUGUCCAAUGUCCAUUCUCUGAUGAGUCACAACUGUUUUGGAGGCACAAGGGAGACCUAAUAACAAUAUUAGGAAGGUGGUUAUAAUGUUAUGCCUGAUCGCUUUAAAUGCCCCCUCUGAAAUUUUCCAUACAAUUCACAAAGCCACCCACUCUGUGUCAGUCUCAGCUGAUUACUCCAGCUCAGUAAAUCCCUUCUGUCACCAGUUUUCCUCCUACUCCCCUGCUGCUCUGUUCAGCGUUAGCGUACAGCUCAGUCACCGUCUCCAUUAACCUUCCGCCGCCGAGAGCCUUUGGUGCCGGCAAGUUUUGGGCAUUUAAGGGGAGCUAAAAAAAAAAAAAACAGACUGGUUGCGUCUCCCUGGAGCCAGAGCAGAGGACCAACAGUGCACAGCAUGACGCUAAAAGGAAGCAUCCACUCCCGGUGUCCUGCUGUUUCUUCCUUCCUCUUACACAAACACAAGCACAAUUUAUCCCGGGUCUGACGUGGGUCUCUAGGUACCUGGCAGCAAUUCCUCUUCUUCAAUCUCAUUUGUAUUUCAUUCUCAUGUUUGCGCGUGUUUUGUUCACAUCUCAAACUGUUGAAUGAAAUGGAAGUGAACUGAAACAAACCCCACUGAGCGCACAGUGGGCUCUGAACCAGGUCCAAAACUUAACUUAGGAAAAACAAAGCAUUGAGGAUUGGAAGAUAAAAGCCACAGAGGCCGACUGCAGUUCACUGGAUCAGCUGAAUUACUAUCUUGCUUGAGUGAUUGGAACGUUUUUUUCUUUUUUGAUUAUUUUCACGGUAUGAUGCCCUUUUAUUAUUUUGUCAUGCAAUGUGUCAAGAGGAAAAAAGGACAACAGCACAUUAUCUUUUUCUUUGUAAAGUGAAAAUUAACUGAUUAGAUUUGUGGCUGUGGAGGAUUAUAUUAUGCAGUAUGUAAAUUAUAUAAGCUUAUCCAAUGAUUAAAGAUAUUUUAAAUGUU